AUGGAUUCUGUUAACAGGUCGGAUAGGGAUCUUUUGGGUCCUAACAAUCAGCAAAUUCCUAAACUGGUUGCGGUGUUUGCAGAGGUUCUAUGCGGAGGGAAGGAUCUGGCUUUGGAACAGACUAUCAGUAGAAUCAUCAGUCUCUUGAGAAAGAUUCAACAAACACUCCCACCUGCUGUCCUCGCCUCUACCUGGUCUACCCUGCAGCCUCAGCAACAGCUUGCUUUGCAAUCUGUAUUAUCAUCGUAAGCCAUUGCCUGUAUCUCUG